AUGAAGCUUAAAAUUCAUAGUGAAGCUAAACGAAAUUGCGGACAAAAAUUUAAUUUUCAUAAAAAUAUAAUUAAUCUAUUUGGAAUUACAGAUAAAGAAUAUCAAAAUGAUCAAUCGAAGGAAUAUUUAUUAGUAACGGAGUAUGCUAACGGUGGAUCACUUCAAAACUAUUUGAAAAAAAACUCUAAUAAUCUCACUUGGAAAGAUAAAUACGAAUUUGGCAUACCAAUUGACAUUGAAAAGGACGAUAUAUACACUAUUGGAGUGCUUUUACGGGAGAUAUCAAGCGGUAGACCACUAUUUAAAGAUGAGUUAUAUGAUGGUAAUUUAAUUAAGAAAAUUUUGCAAGGAUAUAGAGAAACGAUUGUUUUAGAUACUUUUGCUGAUUAUUCUAGUCUAUAUACUGGAUAUUGUUAUUGUACUGGAAUUGGAACUAAAAUUGACAAGCAAGAGGCGUUUGAAUUAUAUGAAAAGGCAGCAGAUUUAAGGAAUAUCAAAGCUAUAUUUAACCUUGCUGUUAUUGUAAUAGCCAUUAAGGAUGAUACUAAAACUUUUGAAUUAUCCAAAAAAUCAGCUGAAGGAGGGAUUUUAGGUAGAAUGACGAUGUUAGGACAUUGUUAUCAACAUGGAAUUGGAGUUGAUGUUGAUAUGCAAAGGGCAUUUGAAUACAAUCAAAUGGUAGCAAAUUUAGGAAAUAAUUUGGGAGAUGGAAUUAAAGAAAAUAUAAAUAAAGCAAUAUAUUAG